CGCGGGCAACUUGCAAUGUGUUCCUUUUUCCUCCGUGCCUCCAACCCUCAACUGUAACCGUUGUCGUUUGAGUCCGAGCAUUACUGGUGCUGCCGUUAUUCCCACUGAAUAACACGAGAAAGAGGACAAGAUGGAUGUCUUCUGGGCAGCUCCGCCAGUCGCCAGGACACUGACUGCGUUGACAUUUGUUGAAUCUGUACUGGUCUAUGGGGGCUUUCUAGGCGGGUGGAGGGUCGUUUUCCUCCCUGAGAGAAUUUUCCAUUUGCCUCCUGAUUUUUGGAGAUUUGUGACCCCUUUCCUGCUCACAGGAAGGCAGAUGGCAUUUAUCUUCGAUCUUUAUUUCAUGUACACAUAUGCAAGUGGUUUAGAAACAAAAUCCCCUCGAUUUGCACGAACUGGUGACUUCUUGACCUAUAUUGUAUUCGUUUGUGUCGUGAUUAUGUUCCUAGCAAACUUUUUCCUCGGGGGCAUGAUAUUCACAAGUGCUUUGAUCAUGGCCCUGGUUCAUACCUGGGCACAAGACAACCGAGGAAGACAGGUGACUUUCUACGUUAUUCAAAUAAAAGCAGAGCUAUUGCCUGCGGUUAUGCUUCUCGUCACGAUGGUGUCCAGUGGCUGGGGUGCCACCAUGUUGGAAGGAACCGGCCUCGUUGCAUCACACUUGUAUGAUUUUCUCACCCGCAUCUGGCCUCUUUUUGGCGGUGGGAGAAACUACAUUUUCACGCCGGCGUUCGUACACAGGCUCCUCGGCGAUAGUAACACUAAUGUCCAUGGGUUUUCGGGUACAUAUGGAACAAGCCCGGGCUCGACUGCUGGCUCUUCUAGUUCUUCCAACUCGUGGAGCAGGAGGGGUGCAGGGAGAAGAUUAGGUUAAUACGAUAAAGUAGAGACUAAGUUAUCGUGUAGUAGCGAUGAUGGUCCGCUGGAACUUGAGCAAUCGGCCUUCAUGGCAUAUGCCGUGUAUUAUGUACUAAAUAUUCGAAACUAAAGAUGUGCAAAAAGUGACAAUAUUAAAUGAUAAUAAUAAUAUGAUCAUUAUAGGUUAUUCGACAA